UCAUCAUGUAUCUUUAUCAUUUUAGAUUUUAAUGAAAUAAUCUAAAAUCAAAGAUUUUCAUUUUAUUUGAAAAUAUAAUUUCAAAGUAGAUAUAAAUCAAGACACUUGUGUUUAUAUUUAUUUGCAUUUUUUAAAGUUGUUUAUAACAAUCGAAUGUCAAGAUGUAAGUUGCGUCAACCGGAUGUUCAAAAAUUUACUGAUAACUAUUAAUUAAUUAAAUUUUUUUGAGGAAGUGAUAAAAAAAAAAAAGAAAAAGAAAAAGAAAAAAAAUAGAAAAAAAGUUUUACAAAUAAAAAUUAUUUUUGAAAAAUUAAUAUUUCAAUAGUUUCUGUCUUGUGAAUAAUUGUUAUGUCGCACGGUACAACAUUAGCACAAUAUGGUCGGUGUAAAAUUUUAUAUGACAAGUAUUUUUCAAAUAUAGAUUAUUAUUAAGGUCAUAACAAUUAUCGAUUUAUUCAAUUAAUAUGAUAUAUUAGUAUGUUUAUGUGUUUUAAAAUAAAUGAAAAUGAGCUGAUCUUAAUUUAUUAUACUACAUUGGAAUUCAUUUGUAAGAAUAGGUAAUAAAGUGAACAUUAUCCUUGUAUGACUUUUUUGUGAAUCAUCUUGAUAAUAUAUAUUCAUUAUAAAUUUCACAAUUAAGUCAGUUUAGUUUGAGGUAAUGUUUGAAUUAUAUAUGGCAAUGUAGAUUAUAGAUUAACGAAACAAAAUAUUUUUAUAUAUUGUAUUUGAAAGGUGAACAUUAUUUUUAUAAAUAUAUCUUUUUUCAGCCAUAAGAUAUAAUUAGCUACUUGUGUGAUUGAAGUUAUUUACAUUCAAAAUAUUAGCAGUGAUAUACACUGAUAUUAAAAAUGGAUGUCAGUAUAUUAUUCAGAGACUGUGUAAAAACUGUUAGUUUACAGGAUAAAAAUUUAGGAUCUUCUAGUUUUACUAAACCAUUGAAAAAGACAAAAAGUAAAAGUUCUUUUUACAUCAAAACCCAAGCUGUUGUAGCUCAAAUAACAAAACUUAGAGAAUUUUUAUUAGAAAAUCGGAAAGCUUAUUUAAAUUUUUCCAAUUAUUUUUCUAACAUACCACGUAUGACCGAUACGGAUCGUGAUAAAAUUGAUGCAGGAGCUCAAACAAUUAUGAGUACUUGUUCUCAGCUUAUUAAAGAAUUGAAGAGAGAAAUUGCAUUUUCAGAAGUUUCUAGACAAAAUAUGGAACAUCGUGAAAUUGUUUUGCUCUUGAUUGAGGAUUAUUUGAAAAACGUUUGUAAAAUUUAUUCAGAACAAAAAGCUAUAAGAGUAAAACGAGCUUUAGAAAUGAGGAAUAUAUCUAAACUUGAAUUAGAUACAAAACCAAACAAAAUUAUGGAAAUGGAUAAUAAAAGGUCUGUUUCAAAUUUAAUUGAAAAAACAAAUAACACUGAAAAUCAGAGCAAUUCAAGCAAAUUGAAUCCCAUGAAAGUUCAAGAAAUUAAUGAAGAUGUUAAUACUCUUUUAUAUGAAGAAUUGUCACCUGAAGAUAUCCAGAUGCUUGAGUCAGAAAAUGAGCAAUUAUAUAAUGAACUUUGUACAAUAACGGAGGAGGUCAGACAAAUUGAAAGUAAAGUAGUUCAUAUAGCUGAAUUACAAGAAAUAUUUACAGAAAAGGUAUUAGAUCAAGAUAAAGAUCUUGAUCGAUUAAUGACAACGGUCGUUGGAUCUACUGAAAAUGUAAAAGAAGCUAACGAACAGAUUCGACAAGCUAUUCAAAGGAAUGCUGGGCUUAGAGUGUGGAUUCUUUUUUUCCUAUUAGUUAUGUCAUUUUCUUUACUUUUUCUCGAUUGGUACAAUCCGUAAAUUAAAUUUUCCAAAAUAUUACGAUACAUUAAAAUAGAGCGAAAUAUUUUGUACAUG